GUCCGCUUCCCCUCCCCCGGGGAGGAAGACAGGCGUGACGGCGUGACGGCGUGACGGCGUGACGGGACAUCUGCCAGUUAUAUAUUCUCCGACCGGCCGUUCAGUUUCAGGAUGCCCCUCUCAGCAGCAGCAAGAUCCGCAGCAGCAUGUCCAAGUUCGUGGCAUUCAGCAAGGUGCUGCCCGUCCUGGCCGCCGGGGCCCUGGCCAUCGACUAUCCCACCAUCCCCCAGGACCUGACCACCCCCUACCAGCAGCGUCUGGCCAUCUACGGGCCCAACGCCGUGUCCGUGGGCUGGAACACCUACGAGAAGCUGAACCAGAGCUGCGUGCAGUAUGGCACCUCGCGCACCGACCUGGACGGGGAGGCCUGCUCCACCAAGUCGACGACCUACGACACGUCGCGCACCUACUCCAACGUCGUGGUGCUGUCCGACCUGGCCCCGGCCACGACGUACUACUACCGGAUCGUGUCGGGCAACUCCAGCGUCGGGCAGUUCUUCAGCCCGCGCGUCCCCGGGGACCCGACCCCCUUCACCAUGGACGUCGUCAUCGACCUGGGCGUCUACGGCACCGACGGCUACACGCUCUCGUCGUCGCGCAAGGCCAAGAAGUCGGACAUCCCCUGGAUCGAGCCCGACCUGAACCACACCACCAUCGGGCGCCUGGCCGACACCCUCGACGAGUACGAGCUGGUCCUCCACCCGGGCGACUUCGCCUACGCCGACGACUGGUACCUGGACAUCGACAACUGGCUGGACGGCAGCGACGCCUACCAGUCCAUCCUGGAGCGCUUCUACGACCAGCUGGCCCCCAUCGCCGGCAACAAGCUGUACAUGGCCGGCCCGGGCAACCACGAGGCCGACUGCACCGAGAUCCCCUACACGGCCGGCCUGUGCCCCGAGGGCCAGCGCAACUUCACCGACUUCCUGCACCGCUUCGAGGGCACCGUCCCCACGGCCUUCCCCUCGGCCUCCGCCAACACCACCGCGCGGGCCCGCGCCCAGACGGCCCGCGGGCUGGCCGUGCCCCCCUUCUGGUACUCCUUCGAGUACGGCCUGGUGCACGUCACCAUGAUCGACACCGAGACCGACUUCGCCGAGGCCCCCGACGGCCCCGACGGGUCCGCCGACCUGGACACGGGCCCGUUCGGACGGCGCCAGCAGCAGCUGGACUUCCUGGCGGCCGACCUGGCGAGCGUCGACCGCACCGUCACCCCCUGGCUGGUCGUGGCGGGCCACCGCCCCUGGUACAGCACGGGCGGCGACGACAACCUCUGCAGCCCCUGCCAGGAGGCCUUUGAGGCGCUGUUCUACACGUACGGCGUGGACCUGGGCGUCUUCGGCCACGUCCACAACGCGCAGCGCUUCCAGCCGGUGGUCAACGGCACCGCCGACCCCAACGGGCUGGACAACCCGGCGGCGCCCAUCUCCGUGGGCACCGAGCCGUCCUACACGGCGUUCGCCUACGCGGACGACUACAGCUUCGCCAGCCUGCGCUUCCUCAACGCGACCGACCUGCAGGUCGACUUCAUCCGGUCCGAGACGGGCGAGGUCCUGGAUUCGAGUGUGUUGCACAAGGACCACGCCACCCAGUUCGUGAUGCAGUAG